UUUCAACCCAGCAAAACAUCCGGCCGGGCGUCCCGGAUUCGACGCAUGCGGCAGGCUCCUUGUGGGUAUGUUCCUCUCUCGACAGUUGCUGGGCCCUCCAAAGGCUCCCAGGAAUGUCUUUUUCCCAUGGUUCAACUUUAUCAUGGCCAAGACUGGGACCUAUUUGGAACCCAACCGCGCGGCCUUCCGAGUCCCUGUCCACCUGACGAAACCUGAGAUCCGCAACUACCUGCGCGAGAUCUACAAAGCAAAGGUGAUCAAGGUGAACACCUACAUCAAAUUGCCGAUGAUCCGGCGGAAUGCCUUCGGGCAGUACUACAAAAACGGGCCUUCCUACAAGAAAGCUAUCGUGACCUUUGAGGAGACCAUUCCAGAUGACGUGAAAAUGAUCUACAAUUCCAAGAAUCCUGGCAUUAAUCCUGCCUUGACCAAAUACGACACUCCAUGCAUCCGCCGCUGGAAACCCUUUCGUCCAGGAGCAAAUCGACGGAGGGAUUGGAUGCCACGGCAUCCCCUGGCCUGGGCCGAGCCUGUCCCAACCUUGCUGAGGGGCGAUGACUUCCCCCCACCCAAGAGGGGCGACUCAGUGCUCCCUGAUCACACCAAGCCUUUUCAGCACUACGGACAGGUGAAAGAGAUACCACCUGGGACUCCGCCACAGGAGUUUCCCAGGGUCAAUGUGGCCAUGUUGCGCGCCGACAAGGACGAGAUGACGACGACAAUGAAAAUUCUUGGAGAUCAGGAGCCCUGGUUGUUGACGGAGCACCAGACACAAGAGCAUGCGAAAAAUAGGUGCAGCUUCUCUGGGCCUUCCAUCGCACCUUGCAACUGCCCGAUGCCGUCCGGGGGCACAGGGGCUCGCAACGUGGCGGAAGGAGAGCGGAAAAUGAUGGAAAAUGCUCGGGCCUUGCAGGGGCAAACGUUGUCCUUUGAGACGCUGGGCGGAAGCGUGCGGGACUUGGGCGCAGAAAUCGAGCAGCUGGCAGCCUCGCAUGGUUUCGGUCUGCAUGUGGCAGCCCUGAUCAACCCCACACGCUCUGCGGCCGCACCGCCGCACGAACAGGUGGAGCAAGGGGAUGGAUCACUGGGCAGGUGGAGGUUUUCAACUUGUUCUUGGUAA